CGUAGCCUCUGUUUGGAAGUUUGGCGCGGACAGCUGAGCUACCCGGCAGAAUCACUGUGGAGGAGAAUGCGAAUACGGUUUUCUUUCUUUAAAUAUCAACGUGAGUUUUUGUUUGUUAAAAACAGUAACUGUCGCAGAAUUGACACCUUAUUACCAACCGAAUUAGAAAUGCUUUAAAGCCAGCAACGCCGUCGUGUAUAUCUGCUCUCUUUAGCUAGGAAGCUAGCUGCUGUGUGUCAGCUUAGUACCACACAAACAUGCUGAAUGGUGCCCAGUUUGUGGAGGCCCUUGGCCGUCUUGGUUACCCUAAAACCUCAUCACUAAAGGCUGCAGAGUUCGACUGGCUGUUUGACCGUUCACCAGAGAACCUCCACUUCCUGCGCUUUGUGUGUCGCACCCUCAACCGAAGCAACGUUCUCUCCCCAGAAGAGGUCGCUGCGUUUCAAGAGCUACAGAAGUCAGGCAAACCUAUUUUAGAUGAAGCUGCUUUAGGAGAAGUUCUGAAGAUUGCUGGACCUUCAGGUGGGAGCAGUGCAAACAUCAUUGGUCCCCUUUCUUCUGUGGUUUCACCGUUUACCCGGGAAAAGGAUUUAGCUGUUGAGGACUUGGAAGCAGAACUACAGGAGCUGUGUAGAGAAAAAGGGCUGAAACAGCGACGUUACAACAAGUUGCAGAUUUUAGCCGCAUCCCAAGCAGAUGUUGAGCUUAAACUCACCAGAGAGCUGGAUAGCAGAACCUGUAAACUGAAUGAAGCCGGUGCUUCUAUUAGAGCGGAGAACGCAGAAACCAACACACUGUUACAAAAGCUAACAGAUGAGGUGAGCAAGCUUGCAUCGUAUCUCCCACCACCCUCAGUCAAACAUGAAGGAGACCCCCUUUCUCAGUUGAACGUCUCAAGCCCCAGGACCCCCACCUCUCUGCUCUCUCAGCUGUCAUUGGAUCCAUAUCUGCAUCAAGAGGAACGUAACACCAAAAAUCUAGCAGCCCUCACUCAGAAACACUUUUUCUCGGGUAUUUCAAACAUCGUUGAGACUUCUUGCUCCGAGCACUUUCAGGUUCUUGAUCUUAGCUCUUGUGAAGAUGGUGAAGUUAAGGAGGGCAACCAAGAUAAAGUGAUUGAGAACAGGAGAACAGAAAUGGCAAGGCUUCAGUGGUCACAUAUUGUGGCUCAGCAUCAGUUGAUGCUGGCAGUUGCUGAGGAGAAGAGCAUUCUAGCAGGGCUGGAAUGGCUGUCCGAAAAGAACUGCCAAAGUAAGAGCUUUUCCAGCUCCUCUUCGCUGCAUGUACGAGAAGUGAUGUCCAGACAAGAGCUGCAAGCGGUGGAGGCUGAGCUGGACGCUCUGCUUCAUGGACCUGUACCUGCUGUUCUCAGGGAGUCGGCCAGACUGCUGAAUGUUCCGGUGGUGAGAGGAGACCUGGCUCUGCAGCUGGCCAGACAGGACUACUACACCUCUAGACAGAACCAGGUGCGUGACUACUUACUCCGCCAGAAAGCCUCCUUUGACUUGCUGCUUUUGGCUCAGGAGGUGGAGCUGAGGAGGUGGAGGAUAUGUCAAAACCAGCUGAGCGAAGUCAAAGGCCGACUGACGAAGGAAAGCAAAGAAGCAGCUCUGAGAAUGGAGAUUCUGAUUCACCCAGACUUGGGCAUCAAUCCAAAGCCCAGCCCUAUAAUCAGCUGCAACGAUGCUUCAUUCAGCAGACUGCUCCAGAUCCUUGACCACGAUUCAGGCAGCAGUAAACUGGAGCCAUUCCAGACAUAUGAAGCUUUAGACCAGGCUGCCCGUGAUCUGACGCACAACCUGCAGCUCACUCGAGAUUCAGUGGCCAGUGCUUGCCAUGAGCAGAACUACACAGCAGCUCGCCUUUAUAGCAACUGCGAGAUACUUCACAGGGCCACGUACACAGCGCUCCAGCAGCUGAUCUUAAGCCCGCAGGUACGUCCUACGGCCAAUACUGACCAGGAGCUCCUUUGUCCCAACGCACAGGAGCUGUCAGUGAAACUUGUGGAAGCAGAGUCUCAGCUGCAGGAUCUGCAGCGAGUACUGCAAGAAAUUCUGGGUGACCUGAAAGGCAAGCGUUCGCUGCUGGAGCGUAGCGCCCCUCUCAGGCAGGAGAGGGAGCUGUACGUCUAUUUUCAUUUGGAUGCCCGCUUGCUGCAGAAAAUAGUCGAAGAUGUGGAGGUCAAAGCCGGUAGAAAAAAGAACGCGAUGAAGCCGGAAUCUUUAUUGAAUUUCUGAUGACAACUCUAGUCCAUCUUUAGCAAUGAGCUAUUGUAUUUUUUUUCUUUCAAACUAAAUUUAGAUAGUAACUGUUAUAAUGUUAAAGAUCAAAGACAGCUGGUUUAAUUUGUAAAUAAAUAGAAAUAUAAUGAUUUUUAGUUGUUAUUAUUUUUUUUUUAUCUUUUAGAAUGCAAUUUUGACCAUUUCUGUCAGUGACUAAGAUGAAAAUGUCUAUUUUUCAGGUCUUUUUUUUUUUAAUAAUAAAAGGUACAGAAGCAGAAUGUCUGCCUUCUGUCAUCACAGGCAAUUUCUGACUCAUGAAAGAGUUAUAAAAACUAUAAAAAGUAAAAAAGCUAUAAAAAGUUUUGUUUUAAAUGUAAAAUGUCUAAAUAACAUUUCCUUUUUCCAACUUUCAAUCCAGCUACUCUGGGUUAAGUGUUGUAUAAAUGCGUUUUUGAACUGUUGUUUUUGGAAUUUCCGUAAUAGAUUUUUAAAAGAGCAACAAAUGGCUCAACACAGCAUUUUCUUUGUCUGGGUUUAUUUACAUCGACCAUGUAUUGCUUUAAAUGUUUAAUAGGAAAGUACAGAGAAAGUAACAAGCUCAGUUCCAUUGUUGUGAAACCUAUCCUGUGCUGCUCCUAAAAGGUUUCUGUGAUUUUUACCAGUCUGCAUAUUGUUUUUAAAGCCUGGAUUAAUUUAAUAAAAUGAAGAAAAUCACUAA